GACAUCACAGGGAGCCGUCCAGGAAAUCGCCUUCUAGUGUUUAGUCCACACACGUGAGUCUUCCCCAAAGUUGGGCGAGAGUCCCGUCCGCUCUGCAUUCCUUCUGCGUCUCUGACAUGGAGGAAAUACUGUCCUUCUGGGAUGUGGCCAUUGAUUUCUCUCCAGAAGAAAGGGAAUGCCUGGAGCCUGCUCAGUGGAAUUUGUACAGGGAUGUGAUGUUGGAGAAUUACAGCAACCUUGAUUUCCUUGGUCUUGCUGUGUCUAAGCCACACCUGGUGACAUUUCUGGAGCAAAGACAAGAAUCUUCAGAUGUGAAGAGACAAGCAGCAGCCAACGUGCAGCCAGGAAUAACCACCAAUGAUUAUCACAUUUACACAAAGGCCAUUGAUUUUAACUCACUGCAUAUUCAACGCCAGAGAAUUCAUAAAAGGGAGAAACUCUACAAGUGUGAAGAAUGUGGUAAAGGCCUUAGUUCUCAUAAAACACUCUCCAUACACAAGAGACUUCAUACUGGAGAAAAACCCUAUAUGUGUAUAGAAUGUCAUAAGACCUUUAAUACUCGUGAAUCACUUUUUAUACACCAGAAAAAUCAUACUGAUGAAAAAACCUACAAGUGUGAAGAAUGUGGCAAAUUAUUUUACUAUCCUUCAAUGCUGAAGCAACAUCAAAGAAUUCAUUCUGGAGAGAAACCCUACAAGUGUGAAGAGUGUGGCAAAGCAUUUUAUACUUUUUCAGUGCUGAAACAUCAUCAAAGGAUUCAUACUGGAGAGAAACCAUACAAGUGUAUAGAAUGUGGCAAAGCUUUUUAUGAACCAUCAUUUCUUCAGGUACAUAAGCGAAUUCAUACUGCAGAGAAACCCUACCAGUGUGAAAAAUGUGGCAAGUGUUUUUGUUCAUCUUCAUACCUUAGACGACAUCAAAUAAUCCAUUUUGAACAAAAACCCUACAAGUGUGAACAGUGUGGCAAGUGUUUUUCUUCAUCUUCAUCUCUUAGAGGACAUCAAAUAAUCCAUUCUGAAGACAAUCCCUACAAGUGUGAAGAGUGUGGCAAAAGAUUUUCCUGCUUUUCACACGUUCAAGAACAUCACAGAGUCCAUACUGGAGAGAAACCAUACAAGUGUGAGGAGUGUGGCAAGUGUUUUUCCUCAUCUUCAUCUCUUAGAAAACAUCAACCAAUCCAUUCUGAGGACUACAAAUGUGCACAGUGUGGCAGAUGUUUUAACUCACCUUCAUCCCUCAGACGACAUCAAAUAAUUCACUGGGAAGACAAUCCCUACAAAUGUGAAGACUGUGGCAGAUGUUUUUACUCAUCCUUUUCUUUGAGAAGACAUCAAACAAUCCAUUCUGAAGACAAUCCCUAUACAUGUGUACAAUGUGGCAAACGGUUUUUCUAUUCUAGGAGUCUACAGGAACAUCAAACACUUCAUACUGGAGAGAAACUAUACAAAUGUGAGGAAUGUCACAAAGGCUUUCGGUAUCACUCAGGCUUUAUGAAACACAAGAGAAUUCAUUCUGAUACUGGCAAUUGAUGACUCCUGAGGGAGACAAUCUGAGAGGCUUUUGGGUUGAAGUCAGUUGUCCCCUACACCUGGAGGGAGCACUAAGUGGAAUGAAGAAAUAACAAAGAAAAGGCCCACGAAGGUGGAAGAGCAAUGUUCUUUUCUAAGGGUGAGAAGCAAUAGGUGAAGGAAUGUGGAGAUUUGAGUAAAACAUUCAAUAUGCAUGUAUUCAAUUCUCCCAAACUAAUAUCAUCUUAAACCUCGUUGGUUUUGGAUAUGUCCAAACUUGACUUGUUUUAGCAGUGAUUACAGCACAUGAAUCUGGCUGUCAUAAAGUUUACAGAGGGUCAGCAUCCUACUGGGAAGGCAUCAUGAGGGAUCAAGGGAGUGACUCCCAGAAGGGCUCAGAUGCUAAGGACUAAAAAGCCCUGUAUCAGUGUAACCUCAGGAAAGAGACGGGGAUGGCUUUGCAGAGAUGAGAUGCAGCCAGACUCACCUUGUAUCUUCCACUUGGCUUUGCCAUGAGCACAACAGGUGAACAGUGGCCUCACCACCUUCCCUGACCUCCCUCCUACAUCCAUAGAGAUCACAGCUGUUGUUGUUCCUGGUUAUCCAUCAUUAUGAAAGUUAGGGAAGGAGAGUAACAGUCAUAUGACCUAGGUGGGUAGGAAGUUAGAAGACUAUACAUCACAUACCUUCUAUCAUUUUUUAGUUUUGUUAAUAUCAGUUUUGUUAAUAUCAGUUUGCUAACCUGUAAAAGUCAUAUACAUUAUAGGAAACAAAGAGAAACAAAUAAGCCUCUAGAUUGCAUAACAAAGGGAGUCUAUGCUUCCAGCUUUAAUUUCCAUCAUAGUUAAUAACAGAAAGGCUGGUGUGUGGGAAGGUUCUAUUUUUAAGAAAAAUGUCUAAGAAUUGGUCAGCAGUAGACUUUGAACUAAGGUCCUGUUUCCUAUGUGUUUUUUGAGCCAAUAUUUUCUUCUAGCUUGACAUCUCUAUAGACCUAGUUAUUAAUUUCCUCAGAACAUAGAAGGAUAUUUCCUUAUGAAUGGAAAGGUAUCCUUAAUGGCUAUACAGUUCUUCUAGAAGAGUAUGACUCUUUAAGCUACAGUCUGUGGAGAAAGUUUUUCAAGGGAUGAGUUUAUGUGAGAACUAUGGCAGACACACACUCUCAGGAGUAGUAGUUCAGCAUAGACUCCCAAGCUCAGGAGUAAAUAGUAUAACAAAGGCUCACACUGUCAAGAGUAGAUAGUAUAACAGGGACAGACCCACUCAGGAGUAAAUAGUACAGCAGAAACAUAUGCUCUCAGCAGUUGAUAGUAUAGCAGAGACACGAUCCUCAGGAGUAAAUGCUAUAGCAGAAAUGCGCCCUCUUAGGACUAAAUAGUAGAGCAGAGACUCAUAAUCUCAGCUGCCAUUUCUCAUUUCUUUCUGUAAUAUUAAACAUAUUUUAAAAGUAAAAUAAUUCAUAUGUGAAAAUUAACAAUACCUGAAAACUACAGUGUUCUCAAAUAUUGUUUUAACUUGGGAAAGGUAUGUUUCAUUUGUUGAUGCUAUGAAAUGUUACUUUAAUUGUGUAACGUUGUGUUACAUUUGUUUCUGCUGCCUUUGGUAAUGAUAUAAAGAUAUGCUGAAUUUGCUUCACUUUGUCUGCUUAAGGCACCUGAUUGGUUCAAUAAAAAGCUGAAUAGCCAAUUGCUAGAGAGGGAUAGACAGAGCUUGUAGGCAGAAGGAAAAAAUAGAAAGAGGAAUCUAAGAUGGAGGAAAAGGAAAAAAGAAGGCAGAGAGGGACCCCCCAGGGCCUGAAGCCAGGCAGCUUCCAGACAGCCAUGGAGACAGCAGGGAAGUAAUAUGUACAGAAAAAAAGAAGGUAAAGAGCCCCGAGGCAAAAUGUGGAUGAAAAACAGGUUAAGUUAUAAGAGCUGGCAAGAAACAAGCCUAAGCUAAGGCAGAGCAUUCAUAACUAAUAAGUCUCCAUGUCAUGAUUUGGGAGCAGGUUGGUGGCCCAGCAGAAAGCCUGUGAAAUUACAGAGGUGAUGAACUUCUGUGCAGUUAGAACAGAUAUUCCAAAUAUAAUCUGAGGCAUUAACACUGGAUUUGACACUAUCUGUACUGAAUAUAUUUUAUGCACUUAUACACCAUGAAAAUUAAAGUCCAUGACAGAGUUGGAACCUGACAAUCUGUUAUCAUAUGUCCUCUUUCACAAACCAUGUUCAUUACCUGCUUUAAAUCCUUCCUCAUCUUCAAAUAUUUAAACCUUAUUCUCUUUUCUACUUUACAUAGUGUACACACAUAUACAUUUCCUCACAAAUGUGGUGGUAAUCUAAUUAUACUGAAAUGUGAUUUUGAUUGUAUAUUA